GUGUGUGUGUGUGUGUGUGUGUGUGUGUGUGUGAGAGUGUGUGUGUGUGUGUGUGUGUGUUUACACAGACGGGAAUACUGCGCCAAAGGAAGUGCGCCGGUUCUCCGUCUGCGCGUCCCGACUUCCUGCUCUGAGGCAGGAGAGAGAAAAGCUGCGGAUCCGCUUUCAGACAGCAGCAGCAGCAGCAUGGAACCCCAACAUAACACUCACGCACCGCUAUAAGACGCAAACACACUCAUCACACACGGGCAGACGGGCAGAGGAGCAGCGGCCGUCCUCAGCAGGAUUGCCUGUGUCUCUGGUGUCAUCCCGUCAUGGAGAGUUCCAUCACACUCUGGCAGUUCCUGCUGCAGCUGCUGCUCGACCAAAGCCACAAACAUCUCAUCUGCUGGACGUCCAACGAUGGCGAGUUCAAGCUGCUUAAGUCAGAAGAUGUGGCCAAGCUAUGGGGGCUGCGCAAGAACAAGACCAACAUGAACUAUGACAAGCUGAGCAGAGCCCUGCGCUACUACUAUGACAAGAACAUCAUCAAGAAGGUGAUCGGCCAGAAGUUUGUCUACAAGUUUGUGUCAUUCCCUGAGAUUCUGAAGAUGGACCCUGCAGUGGUGGAGUCGGGCCGUGGCGGUGAGGAAAGCGGGGGUAUGACAUCAGAGCCUGAGGCUGAAGAUGAGGAGGGGGGUGGGAGAAACCAGUACCUCCACUCUGGCCUGUACUCCUCCUUCACCGUCAGCUCUCUGCAGCACUCAUUAGAGCCACACCGGCAGAUCAAGACGGAGCCCAGAUCCGAACGCCACGGCGACAGCUCCUCUGUCAUCCGAUUCGUCACAAACCGUGGCCAUUCCUCCCUCCCCUCCACCCCACCCCCAUCUUCGACUGAGACCUCCCAUACCUCCAGACCGUCUCCUCGGCAGGCCCGCUCUUCCUCUUGCUCCUCCUCACCGCCACAAAGCCCCACCCACACACGAUGGAGGGGGCGGAGUCAGAGCACAGAGACUAAUGAGUUAGAGCAGAACGCUCAACCUCUAAACCUGUCAUCUGGUCAUAGGGAGAGAGAGAGGUCACAGGGCAUGACAAUGCCAGAGCGGAGGGGAUUGGCUAAUAGUGGGCCUUUAAAAAACAGAAAACCCAAAGGCUUGGAAAUCUCCGCCUCCUCUCUCCUCCUGACAGGAAGUGACCUUGUCUCCAUUGCUCUCAAUAGCCCGGCGCUGCCCUCAGGCUCCCUGACUCCUUUCGUCACCACACAGACUCCGUCUGGUCUGCUGCUCACUCCCAGUCCUCUACUCUCCAAUAUCCAUUUCUGGUCCAACCUGAGUCCAGUGGGACCCCUCAGUCCUGCACAACUGCAGAGCCAUGCCCCGCUUUUUCAGUUCCCCUCACUGCUGAAUGGACACAUCCCUGUACCUUUACACAGCGUGGACGCUUCUUCUCCUCUGCUGCUCUCCUCCAGCUCCCACAAGUCCUGAUGCCAGCCAGAGCUCCAAGAGCAAAUCAGGCCAACUUGGGCUGAAUUGGGCCAGAUAAGCACAUAUCGGGACCAAGCCAAACAGCUCUAAACUCUGACGAUGAACCACACAGGAGUCAAACUUCCUCUGAGUCCAAAUACAUUUUGAUCCAAAGCCUGUUGCUUUGCAUUUACUAUAUGAAGAAACAGGAGCUUCACUCUGAAGCUUUGCUCUCUGAGAAGAGCAUCUGCGUUAGACAUUUCUUUGUGUUUACUACAGUUCGACUGCUCAUGUUCUUUACAUUUGUGUUUGGUGUUUGGUUUUUUUUUUCAUGCAAAGGAAUUGGCUGGCGGUCAGACCUUAUCACAUUUCUCAUCUCAUUUUAUAUCUCAUCUCACUCAUCUUGGUCUAAACUUGAGCAAUACAGACUGGUUGCAAUUUCAUGACUCCCUACCCUGACUAAUGUCAGUAUCCACCACUGACUCAAACAAUAAAAAUCUUGGGAAAUCUUUGCCAGGAAUUACGGGAAACCAAACCUUAGCAAUGACAGAUGCCUCACUUGAUAGACGUAAAUACAGCUCCUUUAAGGGAGUAAAUGUUCAUCAUGCUACCAUACCGUUACAUGAAAAACACUUUUUUGCUUUUCUGCCAAGAGUUAGUUUUAGAUGAGAAGAUUGAUACCACUCGUGCUUGUGUGCUUAAAAUAAAGCUACUGCCAGGAGAUGGUUAGCUUAGCUUAGCAUAAAGACCGGAAACAUGGAAACCGUUUGCCUUGCUCUGUCCAAAGAUGACCAAACCUAACUGCCAACAGCUAAAAGCUCACUAAUAACCACACUAUCUGUAUGAAAAACAAAAAUGGAAAAACAACAAUUUACAAUUUGUAGUUUCAUGGCUGGAAUAAGGGUUGACUCCAGGAGGUCACCUCUACCCGACCAAAAACAGUUUUGCACAUAACCUCCAAAAUAUGUUGUUUUUACAUUUUGUUUUAUUUUUAUGGAUUAAACAACCACCAAUGAUUUCAUCAGUAUUAGUGAGCUUUAGAGGUAGAAGCAGACUUUAGGCGUUUCUCAAUACCAAGUACGCCAAGUUUGGACUUGCGCACUUGGGAGUUUGGACUUGGCAAGUUCGACUCGGGAGUACAAACUCCCAAGGAUGGCUGCCAUUGCCGCUGGUCUGUGAGAAAUGCAUUCUGGGAUACCUGGCUGUCAAAAGUCCACGCAAGUCACCUCCUGAUGCAUCCCUGAUGGAACGGGCAGAGCAAGUUCACAUCCGGGCAUUUGGACUGUACUUGGCUGGAUGCGGAUUUUGAAUUGAAACAGUACUUGGGCUGCGACUGAUGACGUUUCACACGUCCUCAAGCACACGAGUACAGGCAAGAAAGCAGAUUGAGAAACGCUGUUAAUUUGGGAAAGAGCCAAGCUAGCUGUUUCAAGUCUUUAUGCUAAGCUAACCAGCUGCUGGCUGUAGCUACAAAUCUUUUUUUUUUUAAAGAUAUUUUUUGUGCAUUUUUAGCCUUUAUUUGACAGGACAGACAAGUGGGAAGGGGGGAGAGAGAGAGGGAGUGACAUGCAGCAAAGGGCCACAGGCUGGAGUCGAACCCGGGCUGCUGCGGCAACAGCCUUGUACGUGGGGCGCCUGCUCUACCACUAAGCCACCAAUGCCCCGGCUACAUAUCUAAAACAUAAAGCUGCUUUCACGCCGCCUAUCUGCAAGUGCGUUUCCCCAAAAUCAUAAGUGUUUUUAAAAGCGGAUGAUGCAGCUACGGUCCAUAACUGCGAUAACAAGUGCUUCACUAAACACUGACAGAAGUGCAAGCUAGCUCGUAGCUGCGUACCGUAGCAAGACAGCAGAAAUCACUGAAAUUACCAAAGAUUUCUACACAUUUGGACAGUUUAUCAUCAUUCACUACUGCAUCUUAUCUUCUUUCUGUUUCGCGAUGCCCACUAUUUAGUUGGCCAAAGCCAGGUGGCAACCACCAUAAGUUUUACACGGUAAAUUUAGCGCAGCAGAGCAAAAUCUGUGCACAUGCAUGUAGGCGGCAACUACUUAAUAUUCCUAUCGCCAUGUUGGAAAUGGCUUCCCCUCUGCCACGUUUCCCUCACUGAAAUGACUGGGGGCAAUAAGUUAGGAAGCAGCAGUGUACAAGCAGCUUAAGAGAGGUAUAAAUUUUCUCAUCUUACUCUUGGCAAGACAUUAUAUUUCCCAUAAUGUCAAAUUGUUCCUUGCUGUUUGAUAAAAUGGGACUGUAAGUGGACGAUUAAAUGCUAUAGGCUACACAGGCCAGUGACUUAGCAUUACAGAUAGCAAGUAGCAGGUGUCUGUAUUUUUUCCCCAUGUUAAGCCUUUCUUUAAAUAGACCAAAUCUUAAAAUGUAAACAAUUUUGGAUGUCACAACAGUCAACCAAUUGCUCAUGUAUAAACCUUUUUGGGGAUGUAAAAACAAAGUGCGAGUGACAGUGAUCAUUUUUACUUAAAAAAAACCCUACUUGGUUUACAUUUGUCAUCCAGAUCUGGAUUGUGUGUGAUUGGAAGUGUGGCCACAUGAGAUGAAUCCCUCACUGACUCCUAGCAGAGCACCUGCUAGCCAGCUCACUAAAACGCUGUCAAAAUCUUCAUUUUUGCCUUCUGCAUUGCUUUAUCUUGACGCUGUGAACAUUUUUUAUCUGUAGGCCUACAGUUUCAUGCCUUUUUUUUGAUGCACUGUACUUUCCAGCCUUUUACCAGCUGUGCCUUCAAUAUUGUAAGACUUGUGUAAAUGUAUUAAGCUUUAAACCAGGUUUUAACAGACAUUCCAGGUCAAAAUUGCACAAACUUUCUUUUUUAUUGUAAAAUGGCUCCUGGUUAUUUUUUAUAAAUUUAUUGGAAAUGUAUUCUCAAUGAUUUGCUUGUGUUUUGUCGUGAGAAAUGUUACCUUUUUUUGGAAUAAAUAAUUUUACUUUUCAGAU